AUGAUGCACCACCACAAAUCCACACACUCCGUCCACAUCUGUUCGCGGGCCUUCUUAAAAAACGUGCACAAUAUUAUUUGGUUAGGACCAAAAGCAUUCCGCCACAACCCUAACGCGAAAGAAAGGGUUGUACCUGGCGGGGGUCCUUCGGCGACCUUGCAGCGCCAGAUAACAAUUGAGACUCGCCACUCCGCAAAUUCAAUAUUCCGAGGUGUCGCCCCCACACCCUACCCUCACCCCACCGGGCGGUUCCACCUCGCGUUCAGUGUCCACUUCGGCCCCCCGCCGUUAAAGGGGAUA